AUGGCAAAGCUGACCAUCUUGACGGUGAACGACGUGUACGACGUCGCGCCUGACGCGCAUGGCAUGGGCGGCAUGGCCGAGCUGGCGACCUUGCUGCAACGUGAGCGAGCGGCGACACCAGCGUCGUCGACGCUGCUAACAACGAUCAACGGCGACUUUCUCUCGGCGUCGCGAGCCGGAUCCUACUACAAAGGCGCGCACAUGAUCGACCUUCUCAACCACAUGGACAUCGACUUUGCCGUCUUUGGCAACCACGAGUUUGACUUUGGUGCCGACGUCUUGGCGCAGCGCGUCCAAGAGUCCAAGUUUCGCUGGUUUGGCUCCAACGUCAAGGAGAGAGCGACCGGCGGCCUCUUUGCCAACGCGACCGACACGCUCCUUCUUCCGAUCGGUCCAGACG